GAACAGUGGACAUUUUUGGGAGCACGAGGGUCACACACCAGGCUCCAGGGACUACUAGGAGCCGGAGGUGUUGCUGCCCAUGGCAGAGGGGUUGGAACUGACCCAACUGUUCUGUGAUCAUUUUCUCAGGUGGCGAGCUGCCUGACGCCUGCUGAAAUUCGUUCUUCACCUAACCUGCGUGGCUGCCACUCCACAGCACAUUGAUUUACUUUCAGGUUUUCAAUUAUCAGAGCUGAACCUCCCUGAUGUAACAGCAACAUUGCAAUUUCUGCCGCCAGCGCUUGCUGGAGCCGCGCCCCACGAACCACAAACCCCUUGGGGGCACCUCCUGGCCCCCCAAGGCCCCGCACGGCAUCCGACACGGCACAGGGCACGGGAGGGCCCCGCGGCUCAAACCCUGCUCCGCACCGCCCCGGAGCCCGCGGAAGAGGCGCCCACGCGAUGUCCCGGCGGCAGAAGGGGAUGCAGCCCGGAGGCGGGACGGGACGGGGCGGGACGGGGCGGCGCUGCCGGUGCGGUGGGUUCGGCUCGGUUCGCUUUCCUGUCCGGGCAGUGAUCGCUGGGGCAGACAUGUGGCUGCUGGCUCCACUCGUGUGCCUUACGACCCUCCUGGCACACAUCUACUGUAUGGACAUAGUAGGCAUCAUGGGAGAAAAUUUUAGUUUUCCAGUACAAAUAGACCAAAAAAUGGUGGAACCUGUCUGGAGGAAAGACAAGCAUAAAGUGGCUGAAUGGGAAGGGCAAAACAAUCCGAAAUAUUUCGGUCUUCUCCGCAACAGGGGUGUACUUAUGGAGAAUGGAUCCUUGACUAUAGUUAACCUGGAGAAGGAUGAUGCUGGCACAUAUGAGUUACAGUACCGGCAUUCUGGGCAAGAUCACUACUUAACUUUAAAACUUGUUGUGUUAGAUUCCCUUCCAGAACCUAAAAUAAGUUGCAACACCAGCGAUGAUGAACUUGUAUUAAACUGUACAGCACAUUUCCAGGAGUCUCUGAGUUAUGCUUGGAAGCUGAGUAACAAUCCAUGGAGUUAUCCGAACCAGGAGCUUUCCAUCCCUUUGAAGAAUGUCAGUACUACCACCAAUGCUACAUGUAUCAUUAAAUUUUCACAAACACAAAGGAGCUCUGAAAUCUCUUUGAUUCAAUGCCUUCCAGAAGAAAGAGGAGACAGUUCUUCCAAACGAAGCAGAGGUGCUCUUUAUUUUGUCCUUGCUGCAGCUGUUAUCCUAGUAGUAAUCCUAGUAAUCCUGCACAAGAAAGGUAUAAUUAAGCUUAGACCAGGAAGGACUGCUCAGAAUAACAGUGCAGUGAAUGGCUCAGGAGAACAUGAGCAACUUUUCCCUGGGAACAGCCAACAGCAGCCAAAACCAGAGGGAGCUGCAUUUUCGCAUGCUGGUUAUUGUGAGAACGAAGAGCCUGAAGCAGACAGAGAAUUGAAUGAGGAUGACAGUGCCCUGAAAGACAAGCAGAUAGUUAAGAAUGGAGUAAACCAGGAAGAAGUGACCCAGGAUGCAGAAGGUGGAAAUGGGGAGGACUUAAACAACUCUUCCAGCUGCAGUAAAGAAGAUCCUAAAGCAUAAGCAAAUAAUUGCUUUGGACGAGAAGCUGUAGAAUUCAGUGAUGAAGGAGGUGCUACCUUUUCCCUUGAAGGGCUUCCACAAGCAAUGAAGUUAUCAGAAGACAAGCUGAACUGUUUCCAGUGCCUAUUUUUCUUUCCUCAGGAAAAACACCCUCCUUUUUUAGUGCUACUAUGUGAAGACAAAUAGGCCAAAUCAUGGACAAAAUCUUUUGAAUUGUUUCGUAUCUGGUUUUAACAAACGGUGCUCUACUAACACACCAAAGCUUCUUUGUAGUUGACAUUUAGAGAUUUAUAAAGUUUUAUAUAUUUGCAUGAAUGUGGACAAAUUGAAAACUGGUCAGCUUUCUAUGCACUUUUUUAUCAGUGCCUUUUUACAGUCAGAAAAAAGCUUCAUCCUUCAGCAGGCCCAGAUGGGUGGAAGUUUGCAAUUUCUAGUCUUGGGUCUCGACAGUGCAAUGUCCAGGACUUGGCAAACUGAUCAUGUCCUGACGGUGGUUCAUUCUGUGAUAAAACCACAUUCCAGCUUGUUGCACUGGAACAAAGCUGCUAUUAACAGCAGGCUUGGGCUUUUCCUAAAGCUUUUUACAUUUUUUUAACUUCUAGGAUUUUUCUUUUUAAGCCUUAGCUUUUCACAUUUUUCAAUGAAUGUCAGCUCACUUCUACUCAUUUCUAGGAAAUAAUAGUAUGUUUUUAGGUUGCUUGAGACUAGAACAAAAACUUGAAAACUGAGGUCAUGUCUAUAAUGAAGCUCAAAAAGAAAAACACCAUGCAUUAAUAUUUUCAGAACAUCAAGCUGUGGAGUGUUUUUCAUUGUGUUUACAUGCUGGUUCAUGAAAGUUGAAAGCCAAUUUAGUUCAUUUUGAACUUGUUAUGUGUAAAGAAUCAAAGGUUUGACACUGGUAACCAAAGAGAAGAAACUUCAGCUUUCCCCUUGUUUCAACUUAUGCCCUUUCUACUCCCACAGUUUCUUCUGCUAUUUGCAGCUAUACUGUAUGAGUGUACAAAAGUCACUUUUAGUAGCUCUAGAACUUUUACCUCUACUGCUGUCUGUAAAUAUUUAUAAUUUAUUUUAAAAAAAUGAGGAUAUAAAGAAACUUUGCCAUGUCUUUUUGUAAUAUAUACAUAUAGUUUUUAUUUACCUUAAAAGUUUACUAACUCAUCUCCAAAAUAAUCUUAACCUAAAAUGAUGUAUUGAUAUGGGGUUUUAUUUUUUUUUUGUUUUGUUUGUUUGUUUGUUGUUUUCCGGGGGUGGUUCAGUAUUCCAGACCCAAGAGUCCUUCUUCAUUCUGUCUUCAAUGAAUUUAUCAGGCUAAUGCUGUCUGCUUCUUAAUAACUUUAACAAGUCUCCACACAAAGAUAUCAUUUGUCAUCAUUAUUGUGGUAAAAGUAAACCUGUAGCUUGUUUGCCUGCUUGGACAAAGUCUUAUUUUCUGUUAUUAAUGUGAAAAAUAAUAGUAAAAAAAUGAUUGGUGGAACUGGCUGAAACUGCUCUCAGAAACUAUACCACUCUGUGUGUGCAUUCAUGUGCAUUCAUGCCAUGCAAUUCAAUACUAAACAACACAGAGAGGUCUCAUAUAGUGCAGUUUUGAAAAUUCUCUGACACCUGGUAUAACUGACAUUGUUCCAAAGCAAGAAGAAGCAGCCUUCAAAAAUAGUAAGCAGUUGUGGUUAAUUCACCACAGUUGCUGGAGGUCUUCAGAAUAGUUUGUGGAAUUUUGGAGCUUGGUCAGAGGUAGCAAAAUCCAUUUACGUGGCAGGCUGACAUAAGACCAAGAACUACAGGCUCUACAGUCUCUCACUACUGGCUUUCACCCUUUUACCUUGCACAGUUUCUUCUGUGCAUGAGAAGUUUCUGGUAAAAGUGCAAACCGCAGUUUUCAAAGCAACAAUGAAGUUUUCUUUUUUAUUGGUAUUGUUGUUUCUUUGGGUUUUAUGAGGGGUAGGUUUUGGGAUUUUUUUCCUAUAAGGAUGUGAAUUCAGACAUUUGGGAGAAUAAAUUCACUUGACUUGCUGCCAGUUUUGGUGACAGUAUUUGCACUCCCAUUCUCUAUGUCCUUCUCUUCAAAUGUCUCCUCAGUAACUAAAGAAGAAUAAACUUUUCUUUUUUGUGAAAA